UGUUAAGGAGCUAACAGGGGCUAACUGGAGUACAAGAAAAUGUUUGUCGUAUUUCUACCGGUGAAAGUUGUACUAUUUCAUUGCUGAAUAGUAAGUACCAGGAAGAUUCGUCCAUUUAUCCACCAUUUUCUGACGCCAAUGCACGUAUGAACCAUCGGAAUAUAAUUUCUUAAGAAUGAACAAAAGGCCCAGCAACGUCAAUAUCAGUACUGAGGGAAUAUUGGGAUACGCGGUAAGUAUUCAGCAAUUUUCAUUUUGAUUGAGCUACCAAGAGAAUUUUUACGUUGAAGAGAGAUGUCGAACAUCUACGACAAUUGGGAGAGAUUGGUGGGAGCUGUGAUCCGGAGAGAGGAACUAUGGCAAAUGUUUCACGAUCGGAGCCCAAGUGUCAGCUCUAUACCGUCUGAUUUCAGUUUGGAUUCUCAAGUCCUUGAUGUGCCUUUUGAUUUUGCAAGCCCUGGAGGUUCAUCUCCGUAUCAUGAGCUACCUCCAUCGGCAGUUGAAAAUUUGCAAAAGAAAGAAACAUCUGCUGAAAAGGAGGUUUCUAAGCUGGUAUUUGUUCAGGGUUUUAGUUUUGCUUUCGACCUUGAAGACAUGUUGAGGUCUACUUCUCAGUUUCUGGGGAAGGGAACAUUUGGAAGUGCAUAUAUGGCAGCUAUGGAUAAUGGAAUAACAGUUGUGCUAAAGACAUUGAAUGUGGUCAAUAUUUCAGAAAAGAAGUUCAGACAACAGAUGGAGGUCAUUGGAAAUGUCCGGCACGAAAACGUGUGCACGUUGAAGGCUUACUAUUUUUCCAAAGAUGAAAAGCUCACAGUUUAUGAUCAUUACAGUAAUGGUAGUGUAUCUGCAAUGUUACAUGGUAUGUUUCAUUUCUCGUUCCCACACCUUUUAUACAUAUGA